CUUUUUAAUCCACACAGCGUCUCUCUCUGCGCCUUUGACUCCGCACGUUGUCAGCAUGGCACCUGUCGCUCCCAUCAAGGCUCCUUUGGAUGCUCCUCUGGUGCCUGAGACCCCCAAGCUGGUCUGCAAGCCCGUGGCUGCUGGAAAGCCACUGCAGCAGUUCUGCUCUCGGGACAUGGCCUUCAAGUGCCAAGAGUGCAACCAGAGCUUCGAAACUGAACACGCUUUGAACUUGCACGUGAAGUACAUCCAUCGGUCAAAGGAGGACUGAGUUAGAUAGACUGUACCACGGAACCCUGUAAAUUUUCCUUUGCCUAUCUUCCAAGGUGAGCUACUGGCAAAUUUCCGGAGCAGCUGUUGAAG